CUCUGCUACCUCUCCACCCUUGACUGGUCCAUGAUCCUUGACUCGGUGGAGGACAACUACAUCGUGGCCAAUAAGAAUGAUCGAGAGUGCGGAGAUGUCUGCCCCGGCACGAUUCAGGGCAAAACCACCUGCCCCCUCACCACCAUCAACGGAGACUUUAGCGAGCGCUGCUGGAACCAGAAGCAUUGCCAGAGAAUGUGCCCAUCCUCAUGCAAGCACCGCGCCUGCACUAAAGACAACCAGUGCUGCCACGACCAGUGUCUGGGCGGCUGCUUGGAGCCCAACUCGUCAAACAAAUGUGUGGCCUGCCGCAACUACAUGCACAAUAACGUCUGCGUUGACAAGUGCCCAGCUGGUUUCUACACCUUUAAGGGCUGGCGCUGCAUCAGCUUCAGCUUUUGCCAGGAACUUCACAACAAGUGUAAGCAGAGCAAAGGUGACUGCCACGAAUACGUCAUCCACAACAGUGCCUGCAUCCCAGAGUGCCCUUCUGGGUACACCAUUGUGAACUCCACUACGUUGAACUGCACCCCAUGCGCUGGCCUCUGUCCCAAAGUGUGCAUGGGGCUGAAGACAGUGGACUCAGUCACUGCUGCGCAGGCUCUGAGAGGAUGCACUGUGAUCAACGGCAGUUUGGUCAUCAACAUCCGCGGAGGGAAUAACAUAGCCGCAGAGCUGGAAGCUAACUUGGGACAGCUGGAGGAGAUCACCGGCUACCUGACAGUACGACACUCAUACGCCCUAGUCUCUCUAUCUUUCCUUCGCAAGCUCCGAAUCAUCCAUGGAGAGACACAGGAAGUCGGGAAUUAUUCCUUCUAUGCCCUCGAUAACCAGAACCUGCGUCAGCUGUGGGACUGGACCAAACACAACCUGACCAUCAAGCAGGGUCGCAUGUUUUUCCAUCAUAAUUCAAAACUCUGCAUGUCAGAGAUCCGGAAGAUGGAGGGGGUGACAGGCACUAAGAACCGGCAAGCAAAGAAUGACAUUGUCUCAAAGACCAAUGGAGAUCAGGCUUCAUGUGAGAGCCAGGUUUUGAAGUUCACACAGAUUCGCACGCUUUCUGACAAGAUCAUAAUUAAAUGGGAACCUUUCUGGCCACCAGAUUUUCGAGACCUCCUGGGAUUCAUGGUUUUAUACAAAGAGGCGCCAUAUAAGAACGUGACUGAGUUUGAUGGUCAGGACGCAUGUGGCUCUAACAGCUGGGUCAUAGCAGAUGUAGACCCUCCGCCUCGUGCCACAGAUGGAAAGGAACAGCAGGAGCCCGGGUACCUCAUCCUCCCUCUGAAGCCGUGGACACAGUACGCCAUCAUGGUCAAAACCCAGCUCUCCGCUUCUGAUGAACACCAAGUCCACGGAGCAAAGAGCGAAAUCAUCUAUGUCCGCACCAAUGCUACCAAACCCUCUGUGCCCCUGGACCCCAUAUCCUCAUCGAACUCCUCAUCUCAGAUCAUUCUGAAGUGGAAGCCCCCUAACGAUCCAAAUGGAAACAUCACACACUACCUGGUCUUCUGCCAGCAGCAACCAGAGGCCAGCGAGCUCUAUAAGUUUGAUUACUGUCAGAAAGGUAUGAAGCUGCCCACCAGAGCCCCCACACAAGUGGACAGUGAAGAGGAACAGAAGUGGAACCAAACCGAAGAGCAGGGCCAAGAUAGCCGCUGCUGUGCUUGCCCCAAAACGGAGAAACAGCUGAAGAAAGAGGCGGAGGAGACAGAGUACCGCAAAACCUUCGAGAACUACCUCCAUAAUGAAGUGUUUGAGCUCAGGACAUCACGACAGCGCAGAUCUCUGGUGGGCAUUGCCAACAGGACCUCUUCUCAUCUUUUCACUACACCUUCUUCACUGCCCAAUGGCUCUGCCACUCGUAGCCCAGAGGAGGAAGCAGAGGCCAAUAAGAUUUCCCUGAUUGUUCAGGCCAAGGAGUCGACGGUCAUCUCUAAUCUGCGCCAUUUCACCAGCUACCAGAUAGAAAUCCAUGCCUGCAACCAUGAGACUGACCCCUCUCGCUGCAGUAUGGCGGCCUACGUCAGCGCCCGCACCAUGCCUGAAGAAAAAGCAGAUGACAUUGUGGGACCGAUAACCUGUGAGGUGUCUGAGUACUCCGUACACAUCAGGUGGAUGGAGCCUAAGGCCCCUAACGGCAUGAUUAUUCUCUAUGAAGUCCAUUAUAAGAGACUGGGAGAUACAGAGGAGCUGCACCAUUGCGUAUCCAGGAAGAAUUAUAUUGCAGACGGAGGCUGCAAGCUGAGAGUGGUGCAUCCAGGGAACUAUACAGUGCGGAUCAGAGCCACCUCUCUGGCAGGCAAUGGAUCAUGGACAGAGCCAACACACUUCUAUGUGCAAGACCUACGUGUGGACCCAUCCAACAUGCUGAAGAUUGUGAUGGGUCCUGUGAUCUGUGUCUUUCUACUCAUCGUGAUGGGAGGUGUGGGCUUUUUCAUGUUCAAGAAAAAACAAACAGAAGGUCCGACUGGGCGACUUUAUACCUCUCCAAAUCCAGAGUAUUUCAGCCCAGAUGAGGUGUAUGAGCCAGACGAGUGGGAGGUGCCUCGUGAAAAGAUUACUCUGUUGCGAGAGUUAGGCCAGGGAUCUUUUGGCAUGGUGUAUGAGGGCAUAGGAAAGGACAUAGUUAAAGGUGAGCCGCAGACCUGUGUCGCGGUGAAGACGGUUAACGAGUCGGCCAGCCUCAGAGAGAGGAUUGAGUUCCUCAACGAAGCUUCUCUGAUGAAGGCAUUCAGCUGCCACCAUGUGGUGAGGCUGUUGGGGGUGGUGUCUAAAGGCCAGCCAACUCUGGUGGUGAUGGAGCUAAUGACACAUGGAGAUCUGAAGAGUUACCUGCGUUCUCUCAGACCUGACUCGGAGAAUAAUCCAGGUCGGCCUCCUCCAAUGCUGAAAGAGAUGAUUCAGAUGGCCGCUGAGAUAGCAGAUGGGAUGGCUUACCUUAACGCCAAGAAGUUUGUGCACCGAGAUCUUGCUGCCAGGAACUGCAUGGUGGCCGAAGGCCUGACUGUAAAAAUUGGAGAUUUUGGCAUGACGAGAGACAUUUAUGAGACGGAUUACUACAGAAAGGGUGGGAAGGGCCUGCUUCCUGUGAGAUGGAUGGCCCCUGAGUCGCUGAAGGAUGGAGUUUUCACAGCUCACUCAGACUGCUGGUCGUUUGGCGUGGUUUUAUGGGAGAUCAGUACUCUGGCUGAGCAGCCAUACCAGGGGCUGUCCAAUGAACAGGUCCUUAAGUUUGUGAUGGAGGGAGGAUAUCUGGACAGACCAGACAACUGCGCAGACAGAUUGCAUAGCCUAAUGCAGAUGUCUUGGCAAUACAAUCCCAAAAUGAGGCCCACCUUCCAGGAGAUCAUCGAGAUGCUCCGGGAGGAUCUGCAUCCCUCGUUUCAGGAGGUCUCCUUCUUCUACAGUGAGGAGAACAAGCCGCCUGAGACGGAGGAGUUUGAUAUGGACCUGGAGAACAUGGAGAACAUCCCAUUGGACCCUUCCUCAUACUCUCAGAGGGAGUGCUGUCUAGACGGUGACGAGGGCUCAUCCGUGGGCCUUCGGGGGAGUUAUGAGGAGCACGUGCCGUAUACACAUAUGAAUGGCAGCAAGAAAAACGGACGCAUCUUAUCCCUACCCCGAUCUAACCCUUCUUAAUAUUAUUAACCCCAUCAAGCUAUAUUAGAUUGUUUUUCAUUAUUUUAUAGAUUCACUUUCAUCAAGCUCUAUAUCAAAAGCUCUUCAGAAAGUAAUCUCAGGACAUUUGUUUUCUACUUUACUGCCUCAGUAUGAUGAUGAUGAUACAGGGUGCAGGUUUUUUUUCUUGUAUUUAAAGAAGAUACACAUCAACUGCUUCUUUCUGUCUUUUUUUUUGUUUUUGCCAAGUUUCAAGGACUGGUCAAAUGGAACAAACUGUGAAAUUAACCUCAGACAACCAGAAGGCUGCUUUUAACCUUACAUCUCCUCAGACUCUCCCCUCAUCCACCAACCGAUUUUCCCUGACUUUCUCCAGAAAAAAACAGAAUCUAGAAGAAAUUAAGAGGAAAAAAAGUGACCUUACUCUGUUUGUGACCUAUGACAUGACAUCGUGGAGCUGUGUCUGAAUCUGUACACUUUUGGCUUUGGUGGCAAACCUGUUGAACUUGGGAACUGUAGGAUGACGUUUAGCAUCCUUCCAAGAACAAACUGUCUACAGGAGAAGCCUGUACAAGACACUGCUUUUCUACCUGCUACUCAGUAUUCCAGACUACACAGAGAACGAACAGAUUUUUGGACUCUAUUUUUUUUAUUUAUUUGCCUACCUGUGCUCUUUUUCUUCUUUUUUCCCACUAGUGUUCGCACAUUUACAGCUGAAGGAUAUUUAAACUGUUUUCAGGACUUAUGACUAAAAGAGUUCCUCAGAUUGACCAAUAGUUGCUGCUUUGAUAUAUUUUAGAGGGUAUAGAUGAUGAUAAAAGUAUAUAUAAAUAUAUUAUUGAUGUUUUUGUACAUAGUUGAUAUGUUGUCAUUUGAGAGUUGUUGCCAGUUGUAGAAAUGUUUUUACAUGUUUGUCUCGAAUCUUUAUUUUUUCUAAUCUGAAAAUCAUACUAAUCAUCCUGGACCUCUGAUCAGCCAGCAGCUCCAAGAUGCACAGGAGUAUCUAGAUGCCUUCGGCUUCAGAUGUCAAAUCUUGAUAUCAAUGGAAAUAACUGCUGUAAAUAAAGCAGUGAGGUGCAUUCAACAAGAGCGAAUGGA